ACCACGCGACUGGCACACAGGUACAGGUGAGCAGUCCACCGUGCGGCCUUUCUCUGACCUCGUUCUACAUUCGGUACGGCUUCGCGAUCAUACCAUCUGCAGACGGAGAGAAUCUUAAGUUGUAAUAGCAUUAAUUCGGAGAUGACGCCUGUUUUGAGCCCGUCGCAGCUGAAGCGACUGGAGGAACACAAGUACUCGGUGGUCGGUCUCUCCGUGACCGAGAGAAUACUGCAGGUACGUGCCGGCGGUCUGAUAAGUCCUAUGGUCCUGGCUGGUGGAGAGAGUUCCCCUGUGGGUCGCCCCCAACCUCCUCACUAUGGCGGGAUUCCUCAUCAACGUAGUGACGUCACUACUUCUCAUCUACUUCUCACCAACUGCCACGGAGGAGGCCCCAGCGCCCCAGCCUGGGUGUACAUGUCCUGUGCUUUAGGCUGGUUCCUGUACCAGUGUCUGGACGGGAUGGACGGGAAGCAGGCCCGCCGGACAGGCAGCAGCACGCCGCUGGGGGAACUGUUCGACCACGGCAGCGACGCAGUUUCUACAGUCCUGUUGGCCGUUGCAACCUCCUGUGCGAUGACGAUCGGCCAGACCCCAGACCUGAUGUUCUUCAUGUUGUUUCUGACUCUGGUCGUGUUCUACUGCACACACUGGGAGACUUACGUGUCAGGGACCUUGACCUGUGGGCUCAUCGAUGUAGUUGAAGCGCAGUGUUUCUCCAUCAUAGUGCAGACUCUCACCGCACUGCUCGGGCCUUCCUUCUGGUACAAGUUCCCCCGGUCUGUUGUACUCGCCACGUUUUUCACCAUUGUGUUCCUGUCGGCGUGGAAAGUCGGCGGCAACUUCAGGACUGUCCUGACAGAAAAGACCAGCAGAAGUGUACUAUCUCCAGGCGUUGCGAUCCUGUUCCCCACAGUUCUGGCCUGUAUAAUCUACAUCACCGACUCCACACACCUGUUCCUGAACCACCCCUGUCUCUUCCUGCUCAUGUUCGGGCUCGCCAUCGCCAAGGUUACUAACAAACUCAUCGUGGCACACAUCACCAAAAGUGAGAUGGCCGCGUUGGACUCGUCCAUGUUGGGUCCGGGGGUGUUGUUCCUGAGUCACUGCUGCGGUGGCUUCUUCAACCUGCACAUCGUGCUCUGGAUAUGUUUGAUGUUCGUGACGCUGGACCUGUUGCUGUACUGUGUUCGGGUUUGUGCGGAAAUCUGCGCCCAUCUCGACAUCUACUGUUUCACCAUCACCAGUAAACCGUCACAGAGCACAGCCCUGACCCCAGCCAUGACCUAUGACCCGGGAGCUCACGUCCUGACCGACCUCAGCUCGAUGGAAGACCUGCUGGCUCCGAUCAAGACGUCAACAAGAAUCAAGUACACAUGCCUGAGCGUGUCUCGUCGGUUCAUCAGCCUGGGGGCCACCACGGGGGGUCUGUACCUGUUCCACAGGGAGAAACUCAAGUGUCUCCAGCUGCUGGCUAACAAGGAAGGAGCCAUCACGAUGGUGACCUCUGCACCUGAUGACAACCUUGUUGCCAUAGCAACCAGUCGAGGUCUGGUGGUGGUUUGGGAGCUGAACAUCGAGAGACGAGCGAAGCCGGAGCGGCUGCGCAUCUCGCCGGAACACCGUGGGAACACGGUGGUGGCGCUGCAGUGGGACGACAAGUCCUCGCGCCUGUUCGUCGGGGACGACGCGGGGAAGGUGUCGGUCGCAAACGUGCCGUCCUCCGGGAAGGCGAAGGGGUUCUUCAAAGUUCCCACAGAACUCCUCCUGACGGCAGACUCCAGCGUGGUGCAGCUGGACUUCGCUAACGAACGUCUGAUGGUGUCCACUCUAACGAGAUGUUACCUGUGUGACACACUCAGUAUACCCAACCCCAACCCUAACCCUAACCCUAACCCUAACCCUAACCCUGCACAGUCUCUCACCUUCUCCAGGAUUCUCAUGUUCAAUAACCGUUUGCUGCUGACAUGGACUCAGCAGGGACUGUUCAUUAUAGACCCUGCCAGGGUCCAGCUGGUCAUGUGGACGGACAGGUUUAAAGAUGUCGCUGAUGUGAGGUGUUAUAAGAACGAUGCUUACCUGUUCCACACCGACUGUCGUGUAUCUCGUCUCUCCCUCCUAUCUGUGGACAAGUGUGUGGGGAAACUCUUCUCCAAGCAGAUGUGGAGACUCUGUGCUCAGGUGUGUUGUCACUACCAGCCGUCAGUGAUCCCAAUGAAGGCGCGCCGUGCUGUGCCUGUCUCCAUGGUAACGGAGCUGAGGCAGCACCUGGGCGCGACGGACGACUCAGACGAGCUGCUGGACCAGCUGGAGGAACUCCUCAACAGGAUCGAGCUAAACGUUGACAGCACCAGUUCCAACCAGAGCAGCGGCCGCUCCAGUGUGAGCUCCAUCGGCAGUGUGAGCAUGCUGCAGUCUGGGAUAUACCAAGUCCACAGCCGAAGGGGGAGCCAGGAGUCCGUCGACAGCCUCCCAGAAUUCAGCUGGGCCGAGGAGGACGCCCCAGGGCAGGAUGGGAUAGCCAGGCCCAAGUUUGACCUUGUGUCUGACCCCCCGACCUCUGCGGAGGUCGGCAAGGAAGAUGGCGUCGCUCCUUCCCUGAUUUCUUCACAGGAAGCGACAACUUCUGGAGCGAAAGUAGUGACAACAACACAAGACAAUGUAGAGCAUGUGGAAAGCUUCGUUUCAAUGCAGGAGAAAAGAGACGAUGUGGAAAAUGUGGAAAGUCUAGCUUUGAAGGAACAGACAGCCGUGGUGGAAACUGAGAGCAGCGCCUCCGACCCGGAAAAGACCAGCAUGCACUCCUGCGACAGCGGGAACAGCGACGGCGCAAACGUCUCCCCAAGGUCGUUGGGAUCCAAGAUGGCUGCCGGGGGGUCAGAGGUCGCGGGGGCCAGCGACAGCGGGACGGGUGAGGAGGUUUUGGAGGACGACGUCAAGACGGAGGUUGAAACUACCGUAACCAUGGAGACAAGCCAGUUUCCUGAGAAAUACCAGAUGUUUUCCCCGGAAGUGGAAAACGUUAACUCAACGCCACUGCUUGCCAUGGAAACAACUGUUCCCAACAGUCAGGAUACCCCAGACCUGACGCAAGUGAGCGAGGAAGCCAGGGUUGAAGUUCACAGGUCAGAGGAGGUGAGGGGUCAAAGGGCACAGCUGGACAGGUUUGCGAACGUUGACCUGGAAGCGGAUGAGUUGGUGGUGCAGAGGGAGGGCAAACAGGUCAAGGGCAGGAGGAAGAAGAAGAAGAGACCCAACAGUGCAGACAUUUCCAACUUGUCCCUGUCAGAAGGCUCAGCAGUGGAGUCACAGCUGUCAGACCUGCGCUCAGCGUUUCAGCAGAAGAUGAGCACGCUGAAGACGGGUCGGCUGUCGUCGGACAGCGACACUCCGGAGGGCGGCGCGACCCCUGAGCUGUCCUCCUCACCCGUGGUACAGCAACAGCUCAAGGUCAUGAAGGACAAGUUGUCCACCCGUCUGCAGGACUCCCGCAGUAAGCUGGCCACCAAGUCCAAGUCUCUGAUGAGGGCGAUUCAGGAGAACGAACAGAUCGGGCGCAUCAGGCAGACCAUCAGGAGACCAGACGCACAGGCAGACAGGGGCGGGGACCAGGAUGAUGACGUGUUUGAGGAUGCCUUUGGAGGUAACCAGGACAACAGCAUCUCCAUGGCAACAGACUCAGCAGGCCAGCAGGUGUGUGAGGAGAGGAGGAGAGAGUCUGGACCACGUGUGGAUGUCACUGUCCUGCUGCAGGCCACCAGGGACACCAGUGAAAAGUUGAAGGACCCAGGAGUUCUGUUCAACCCCGACCAAGCCAGAACUGUUCUGUCGGCAUGGUUACCGCACCUGGAGACGGCUCUACAGAACCUCUAUAGAACCGUGAGAGAACACAACGCAAAGGUCAGGAGUGGGUCAGAGGUGAAAGGGCAGGUGUCAGAGGUCGUGGAAGACAGUGGUCCUGAAAGAACUGACCCAAGUAACGGGUGCACUGAUGUUGAAAACGUGCAGCAAGGCAAGUUAGAAACUGAAGGUCAAGACACAGACUCAAGGGCACUUGAAGGGGUUGAGGAAUCUGUAAUACCACAGGACAGUCCUGCAGAAUGUGACAGUGUGUUGGAAGGAGAAGCAAGCCGAAACGAAGACGUUUCUGAACACAGAACUUUAGGGGAAGAAGAAGACAAGAUUUCUGACAAUGACAUUGAUGGCAAGGUCGUGACCUUGAACAGUGGCAGCCCUGAAGGUGCUAAAUCUCAUGCCAAGACAGAGGAAGAAGCUCAAACACUCCUGAACAAUCUUGAGGUUCAUUCUCAAGACGAGACAUCUAAGGAAGAUCACAUUCCGAAGAACAAUGCUGAGAAUCCCCAAGAAAUGGAGGAUCUUCAAGAAGUUGUGAUCCGGGAGGGAUUCCAUGUCUUAGACCCUUUUCUGUUAAAGGAAGACAGCCAUGCAGAAAUUUCUGAGCUGGUGACGUUUUGUUUCCAGUUUGGUGUCUUCAAAGAGAAUGGAACAUCUUCUCAGUCUAAAGAUAUGCCUGUAUCCUCACAUGUGAUUGGACAAGACAGCACUGGCUGUGACAAUCUUGAUGUCCUCAGCCAAUCAGAAUCUGUGUUACAACAGGAAGCACCUGAAUCUGACAGGACUUACGAUGACAAUAGUAGCUUCUCACUGAUUGGUCCACAAAGUAAGGAAGGUCAGCAUCUGUCAGCAACCAGCCAAUCAGCUUCCUUGUCUCAUGAAGAGGAGGAGUGGGACAGGACUGCUGCUCAGUUCUUGAAGUGUCAUUUCCAUUUCUUGGAUGUUGAAGCAGUGAGAAAAACACUACAGCACAGAAGAGGGCCUAGAACCAAAGUGUGGGAGGGACUUGUGCAGUGUCUAAAUGCCCUACACUGUGAGGGUGCAGUACCGGAUCUGGUCACUAGGGGCGAUGUGGAGGAAUGCCUGAAACUUGUGAAGACAAAAGAGUUGACAGACGGAGGGGCAGUUCUGUCCUGCUUACACGGUGUGUUCCAGCUGUCCCCAGAGCCAGUGUUGGACACAUGUGUGCAGAUCUACCCUCAGAUCCAACCCUGGGAAGUGGCUCAGUUCUGUCAGGACUCUCCUCAACACUUCCUGUACUACGUACACAAGAUACAGGCCUUACCCAGACACAAACAAUCUGAGUUGCUCCAGUCCCUGUACAGAGAUGAAUCCGUCCUGCAGCAGUGGUUAAACUCUGCUCUCACUGUCGGGGCUCCAGACAGGGGGCUGCUGUUCACUGGGCAGGGGGAGCCAAGGCCAGGUUCUCACCAGUUGCCAUGGCAACACAGUGCUGAUGUGGAGGAGAUUCUGACCCGCUGCACCAGGGAGAUCGGGUCUAUGCAACACAGCUCCACGGAGAGGGAGCAUCUAGUCAAUAUGUGUCGCAAGGCUGGGUUAGUGGUUCAAAACAUCCAGCUGUUCUAUGCCAUGCAGCAGGAGAAACAGGCACAGCAGGCCCAGAGCAGGGGAACACCUGUGUCACUAGAUCGCAGUCUGUUUGUGCUGGACCCAAGCAGACUGGAGGGGGGUGCACAGUACCUGGAAGAGCCGGAGGGGCACUGGGGCAUCACAUCUGAAGAAAGUUCCUGUGCUGUGUGUACUCUGCUGCUGAGUGAAACCGUCUCAACCUCUGACCCAGGGGUCAUCGUCUUUCCCUGUGGUCAUGCCUUCCACACACACUGUGCACCUCACAGGGGCUGUCUGCUGUGUUACGUGUCCAGUCAGAAGUGAUUUUUUACUCUCUUCACCACACUGAAGUAGCCGUUUGGCUACCGAUUCUCUAUUUAGUUACAGGGUUAGGCAACAGGGAAAAGAUUGGUAUAAGGGUUUCAAAUUAAGAUGUCACUUUUUUAUGAAAGGUUGGCAAUAAAAUGAGAUCUUGAUGAAAAUGGGAAUUUGAUAAAUCUGGGGGCAGUUUACUAGGUACACCUUUAUAUAAGACGGUCAAAAACUGCUUUUUUUAGACACUUUUUCAAGAUUUUAAAAGGAUAUUCUUCAAAAGGGCAAUACCAAUAAAAGUCUAAGAUAAGAUUCUGAGGUUCUAAUAAUAAUUCAAAGUGGUGUGUACAUUUUCAGCUCCUUUUAUAGCUAAUAUGAAGCUACAUUUGUGUAGCUAAUUUGAUAUCAGAAAAGAUUGGAGAAGGAAACAUAAUCAUGAUCGUAUUGAAAAAGAUAGUGUCAAAUUUUGCAUAAUGACCAUGAGUUUGAAAUUGAGAAAUGUUUCAUUAAAAGUUCCUAGACAGUAGUAAUCUGUAAUGAAGUGAUAUAUUUUCCCACAAUUGUGACAAUUUUUGUGUAAAUAACUAGUUAAACUGAUAAUUAUUGAUUAAUUAUGAACUUGCUCGUGUCUAUAAACAGGUUGAUUAUGACUGUAUCAGGUAUGUAAUGGUGCUCACCCCAUUUCGUUCAAAAUCAUUGAAUAUUUUACUUUUGAACUUAAUACUUUUUUUUUGCUAUCAUGCAAAAGCAAUGCAAUAUAGUGAUAGUUGUUUCUCAGUCCUGCAACAGAAUAAUAAUUAUAUUGUAAGGAAGAUUUUAGUGCUUGUUUCAACUUGUGGAUAGAAAUGGACAAAUGCCAUAAUAUUGUCUUCUGCCAGCUUAAUCAUUCAAAUUACAGAUCAAAAGACAUUUUUCAACAAUAUUUAAAUAGUCUAAUCUUUCACUUUGACAGGAUAACUACAAUGUAUUGUAUUUAGUAAUGGAUAAGGUUGCAUACAUUGUAAAUGUUCCUAUGGGGCCCAUUCUAGACUGUUGUUAUCUGUGGAUUCAUUUCAAUAGCUGUGAAUAGUCUUUUUUUCUGACACAAACUCAUA